AUGGCGACCCGCUUUCUGCUGCGGAGUUUCUGGGCCGCGCGUCUGGCGCUGCCGCCUGCCGGCUGCCGCCUCCGCCCGGCGUCCUCAGAAGCCCAGCGUCGCAGCUACGCCCGCGGCCCCGCUGGCCUCCCGGCCGACCUACUCCGCGGGGACAGCUUCGUGGGAGGCCGCUGGCUCCCUGUCCCCGCCACCUUCCCGGUGUACGACCCGGCCAGCGGCGCCACGCUGGGCACCGUGGCCGACUGCGGGGUGCCCGAGGCCCGCGCAGCUGUGCGCGCCGCCUAUGAUGCCUUCUGCAGCUGGAAAGGGGUCUCGGUCAAGGAGAGGAGUUCAUUACUUCGCAAAUGGUAUGACUUAAUGAUGCAAAAUAAGGACGACCUUGCCAAGAUCAUAACAGCCGAGAGUGGAAAACCCCUGAAAGAGGCCCAGGGAGAAGUUCUGUACUCAGCCCUUUUCCUAGAAUGGUUCUCAGAGGAAGCUCGUCGUAUCUAUGGAGACAUCAUCUAUACCUCUGCCAGGGAUAAACGGGGGCUGGUCCUCAAGCAGCCCAUUGGUGUGGCCGCAAUCAUCACACCGUGGAAUUUUCCUAGUGCCAUGAUCACCCGGAAAGUGGGGGCCGCCCUGGCAGCUGGCUGCACUGUGGUGGUGAAACCUGCCGAAGACACACCCUACUCUGCCCUGGCCUUGGCACAGCUUGCAAACCAGGCAGGAAUCCCUCCAGGGGUCUACAAUGUCAUUCCCUGCUCUAGAACCAAAGCCAAGGAAGUGGGAGAGGCACUAUGCACCGAUCCACUGGUGUCCAAGAUUUCCUUUACUGGCUCAACAGCAACAGGAAAGAUCCUGCUGCACCAUGCAGCAAAUUCUGUGAAGCGUGUCUCCAUGGAGCUAGGUGGCCUCGCCCCGUUCAUUGUCUUUGACAGUGCCAAUGUGGACCAGGCUGUCACAGGAGCAAUGGCAUCGAAAUUUAGGAAUGCUGGGCAGACUUGUGUUUGCGCAAACAGAUUCUUGGUACAACGUGGUAUUUACGAUUCCUUUGUAAAGAAGUUUGCAGAAGCAAUGCAGAAAAGCCUGCGUGUGGGUAAUGGAUUUGAGGAAGGAAUAACUCAGGGCCCACUGAUUAAUGAGAAAGCAGUAGAAAAGGUAGAGAAGCAUGUGAAUGAUGCAGUUGCCAAAGGGGCCACAGUUGUGACAGGCGGGAAGCGACACCAAAGAGGAGGAAAUUUCUUUGAGCCCACCCUGCUCAGCAAUGUCACCAAGGGCAUGCUCUGCAUCACUGAGGAGACCUUUGGGCCCCUGGCACCAGUUGUCAAGUUUGAUAAAGAAGAAGAGGCCAUUGCCAUCGCAAAUGCAACUGAUGUUGGAUUAGCAGGGUACUUUUACUCUCAAGACCCAGCCCAGAUCUGGAGAGUGGCAGAGCAGCUGGAGGUGGGCAUGGUCGGCGUGAAUGAAGGACUGAUCUCUUCAGUGGAGUGUCCCUUUGGUGGUGUGAAGCAGUCUGGCCUUGGGCGAGAAGGGUCCAAAUAUGGCAUUGAUGAGUAUCUGGAGGUCAAGUAUGUGUGUUAUGGAGGCUUGUAGGGUUCUUCACUUCUUUAAAAAUAAUAAAGCUACAUAGAUCUGUAGGGACAUGCCAUCCAUUUUUAAAAUAAACAAGCAGGUUAUCAGAGUUACGAAUUUUAAAAAAUUCAGUCCUCAUCAUUGUAGAUAUAAAUUAUGACCCUUCCCUUAUCUAACUAGGGACCAAUGGAUGCCAUAUGCCUGUGACUGUGGGCCCUAGCCAGUACUGGGGCCCCAGCACAACCCCACUGCCUCAGGACAAGGUACAGUGUGAGUGCUCACAUGUCCCUGCUCCUCACAAAGUGUAGUCACUGUGUGGGCAGUGGCUCCCCAAUCUCCAUGGGACUGCCCAGCUUAGGCCCACAAUGCAGGAAAUGCUGGAAUGAUAGACAGUUGGAUGGGGUAGUUCACAUCCGGUGAGGAGCAGUUGCCUGUUCAGAGGGGUUAUGGCGAAGGCUUUGAUUUCCUAAGACUUCUUUCUAAAUGUCUAUACCAUAUAGAAUGAGAGUUGUUUCUCCUUGUUUCUGGGCUACUUUUUUUUUUGUCAAGACAGGGUUUCUCUGUAUAGCCCCGGCUAUCCUGGAACUCGUAUAGACCAGGCUGGCCUCAAACUCAGAGAUCUGCAUGCCUCUGCUUCCACAGCUCUGGGCUGCUUUAUUAAUUGCUGAGAGCAGGGUUGGUUUAUUUUUGUUCUGUUUUGGUUCAUGUUCAUUUGGUUUGGUUUUAUGAGACAGGGUCUUACUAAGUAGCCUAGGCUGGCUUCGAACUCACAGCUCUUCUGUUUCAGCCUCCCGAGUGCUGUGGUUGCAGGUGUGCUAUGCCACACCUGGGUAAAAGGAAGUCACCAUUGCCCAAAACUUAGAGCUUAUGUUUCAUUUUAUUUCUCUUAGAAAAUCAACCCAUGAUGGGGGCAAGAAUCAGUAGAGGUGGUUUGGUAGGAUGGAAAGCAUGCCUUUUGUUUCUUUCCCAGGAAUUUAACCAAUAGCCUUUGUGCAUACUAGCAUGGUUCUACUGAUGAGCUAUCCCUGACGGUUUUAAUUUUUGAGAAAGAGUCUUGGUAAGUCACACUGGCUGGCCUUGAGCUUUUUAUUGUUCCGCCUUAGUUUCUUGGCAGGCCUGCCCCACCAGGCCAUGCCAGUGGGGAGCGUGGACUCUUCAGCUGUUUCCUUUGCUGUGCAGUUCUGCUGCCUGGAUGUGCUGCUCAGGAUGCCAUGUCCCACUUGUAGAGAGUCAUGUUUGACUUAAAGGACAUUGUGAGCCUGAAGGAAGUGAAAAGACUUCACAAAUAAUGGAAACGCUGCCGAAGCAUAGGAACACUUUUGACGAUGGGCUGUACCACCCUGCCCUGCCCUGAGCUUCGGGAGUGUGGCUUUGUGGAGGGAAGAAACCAGGUGUCAUUUCAAAUACACUUUAAACAGUGUCAGCCAGUGGAUUUGGCAAAUACAAAUUUUUGUGCAGGUUUGACUCACUGGGUAUAUCAUUGGCCCAGACAGUUCUUACAAUAAACAAUUUUUUGAAAUUGAAAUGGGGUGGGGAUUUGGUGGUAAAAUAUAUACUCAGCAUGCUGGAGGCCAUAGAUUAAUCAUCACCACUGAAAAUAAGUUGACACAAAAGAACACCUUACUUAGAAAAAUGGUUUUGGGCUAUAGGAAGACAGUAUUUGGGAUUUUUUUUUUUAAACAGGAGCUCUUAUUGGCCUUAAACUCCCAGUCUAAAAUGAUCCCCCUGCUGUAGUCUCCCAAAUACUUGCUGCUAUAGCCAUGUUUUCACCAAAUCAGUUUUUGGGAUUUUUUAGGGGUUUUCAUUGAGUUUGGGUUUCAUAUAGUUCAAGUUCACCCUGAAACUCUCUUGUCCCUACACUACCAUGCCCAGCUAAGAAGUGUUUUUUGUUUUUUGUUUUGUUUUGUUUUUUGUUUUUACGAGACAGGGUUUCUCUGUAUUGUUUUGGAGGCCGUCGGUCCAGCCUGGCCUCCAACUCACAGAGAUCCGCCUGCCUCUGCCUCCCGAGUGCUGGGAUUAAAGGCGUGCGCCACCACCGCCCGGCUAAGAAGUGUUUUUAAAUGAACCUUUAUUAUUGUUCCAUAAGAUAUGUGAUGGAUGGAAUUUUUGAAGAUGUAUAUACAGACAUGUAAGGGCAAAUGUUGAUGAACCACAACCUGUGAACCAAAUCCUGUCACUGCUUUUAUAUUAACUCAUGAGUUUAAAGUAUUUUAUAUAUUCAAAUGGUUGGGGUGGGUUAGAACAGUUAUUUCAUGAAAUUCCAGUGUCUGUGGAUGAACACAGAAACAGUGCCCUGUGCCUGAGUAGCUUUGCUGAGACAGUAUGGCCUGCAGAACCAAAAGGAUUUAUUGCAAGGCUGCUAAAAGGUUACAACCCCUCACUUAAACCAAAAGGGAGACAGACGCUGGCCUCUGUGUGUAUGAGACAUUGUUUCAUUCUGUUGAACAUCUGCUGAGAAGGCACAUUUUCUGGGCAUUUGUUACCAGGAGUUCUUGGCAGUAAUAAAGUUAACCUGAUAAUCCUGUCAUCUUGAAAAGCACUUAUUCCCUCCAGUUAGUGGCAUCCACUGAAAGUACCAGAGUUCAUUUGUGUCUUUUCCCAUCUGAGGGGCCUUUAACCAUGACCCGGUAGAGAGGGCUUGUUUCCUUUCUGUAUCUUUGUUCUUUGGGACCUAGAUGCACAAUGUAAACAAGCCUAUUUGGUGAUGUCACAGCCUUCCAAUUGGGUCCCUUGGGUUUGCCUCUCUGGAGGCCGGGCCCCAGUGUUUUAAUUACCCAUGCGCAGCUAUUUAAAAACAGAAUUUUACUUGAAUAAUACUUAAUACUGUGAUUGUUUAAUGCCAUACUUUGUAAGAUAAAUCUUGGAAGUUGAGAAAUGUUUUGCUCUGUAAAAUUGUAUGUGUUAACUCAUUUUUCUCAUGUUUGACAUUGUCUGCUCAAAAGUAUUGAAUCUCAUUAAUAAAUGUUGAACUAACAGGA